AUGACUGAUAUUACGGUCAGACUUCGCCGUCUGUCGCAUUCUAUUGAGCGCUUGAUGGCCAUCGCGGGCACUCCAGGUGUGGCAAUUGGCGUAAUGACCAAGGACAGUCCGAUAUUCUACGACAACCAUGGCUUUCGCGACGUUGAGAAAAAGCUCCCUGUCACCGAAGAUACAAUCUUCCCAAUUUGUUCUUUGACCAAGGCCAUCACUGCCGCAGCACUUGGUCUCCUUGUUGAGGAGAAGCGGGUAUCAUGGGAUAGCCUCAUCAAGGACAUCCUACCCGACUUCCGCUCCGUGAAUCCUGUGCUUCAUAACAACACUACCAUAACGGACGUUCUUUGUCAUCGUACUGGGAUGGGCUGGGGUGAUAAUGUCAUUCUUGGCACUGCAGGUAACAUUCUCCUCAGGUCUGAAGACGUCAUGAAAUAUAUCAACAACAGACCUCUCAUACGUCAAUUCCGCUCCCAAUUUGGAUACAACAACCUCCACUACGAACUGGCUGGCUCUGUUAUUGAACAAGUCAGCGGACAGUCCUACUUCGACUUCAUGCAAAGCCGUCUUCUGGACCCUCUUGGGAUGGAAAGGACCUCCUUCCAGACGCCCUCAGAGAGUGUUGACGAUGUAGACGUAUGCUACAACGCUCUCGACGAUGCAUCCACAGUCCCCAUCGAGUUUCUCAGGAUGGGCGAUGGUGGAUACGGGGCUGCUAGCGGUGGGGCACGUUCGUCAGUCAAAGACCUGGUCAAAUUAUACAGCAGCUUCAUCAAAGGUUUCAAUUCCCAGUUUGGUGAGAGUGUUACCCUCGACGAUGCCUCACCCCUCAAGCAACUGAACCAUAUCAUGUCUGCAAAGAUUCCAUUUGACCAGCCAUCACAGCACGAGGCCUCGUAUGCAUUUGGAUGGGGAAGGGUUCAGCUGCCAGGCCGCUUGGGACAGAUCGGCCUCAACCCCGCACUACUCCCCCAAGGCAUGCCUGCCAUUGGUAGAGGCACCUCCAGUCUCGUUCUGUUCCAUCAGGGAAGCCUUCCUGGCUCACUCACCUUUGUUGCCCUUUUGCCCGAGACGGAGACUGUGAUCGUGGUCCUUACCAACUCACUCGCGCUUAAUGAUGCAGCGGACUGGAUUGGUCAGCUGAUCAUUGAAGAGAUUGUCAACGGACCUUCAGAGCUCAGAACCGACUUUGUUGGGCUGGCAGAGGCGGCUGUUGCUGAGAAUCUCAAAUGGUACCCCCGAGUGGUGGACGAACUGGAGAAGGGUAAGAAAGGGGGAACAUCACCAAAGCCACUCACAGAGUAUGUCGGUACCUAUUGGGACGACUUGCACAUAUUUAUGAUUGAUAUCAAACUUGUCGGAGAUAAUUUGUACUGGCUUAUGCAAGGUCUGGAAACAGAAAUGUUUGAGCUGGCUCACUAUCAUGAGGAUACGUUCACAUGGCUUCAACCUCGAGAUGAACUAGUGAGCAGAGGUCGAUGGGUUGGGAGCGACCAAGGCGCAACGUUCUGGAAGGUCAAAUUCGGGGCCAGUGAAUCUUCCACGAUCAACAAGCUGAUCUGGGUUCCUGGCAGUGAGCUCCCACCAACGAUUUAUACAAAGUCACCAGAAUGA